UUUUCAGCCCAACGUGCAUACCGUGAUGUGGCAGCUUUCUCUUGUACCGAAUUGUUGAUUGCAGAUGAGGUAUUUGGUCUGUGUGACGUGGAUACGGGUUUAAAUUGUAUGAAAUUAAUGAAAUUUUUAGUUAGUAAAUGACUGAUAUCUCUUUUAUUCCUUGAAGAAAAUUUUAUAAUUAGUCGAUAAAUAAACAAAAGCUGAAAUGGGAAUUAAAUUUCUAGAAGUGAUCAAGCCUUUUUGUGGCAUUUUACCUGAGGUUGCAAAGCCUGAAAGAAAAAUUCAGUUCCGUGAAAAAGUAUUAUGGACUGCAAUUACAUUGUUCAUCUUCCUUGUUUGUUGUCAAAUACCUCUUUUUGGCAUUAUGUCAUCAGACUCAGCCGAUCCUUUUUACUGGAUGCGUGUGAUACUUGCCUCUAAUAGAGGAACACUUAUGGAACUUGGUAUUUCACCAAUUGUCACAUCUGGUCUUAUCAUGCAGUUGCUGGCUGGAGCCAAAAUCAUUGAAGUUGGCGAUACUCCUAAGGACAGAGCAUUAUUUAAUGGAGCCCAGAAACUGUUUGGUAUGGUAAUAACUAUUGGUCAAGCCAUUGUGUAUGUGAUGACUGGUAUGUAUGGUGAUCCUUCUGAUAUUGGAGCUGGUGUGUGCAUCCUCAUCAUCAUUCAGUUGUUUGUUGCUGGUUUGAUUGUUUUGCUUUUGGAUGAAUUGCUUCAAAAAGGAUAUGGUUUGGGAUCUGGUAUUUCACUUUUCAUUGCAACCAAUAUCUGUGAAACCAUUGUAUGGAAAGCUUUCAGUCCUGCUACUGUGAAUACUGGCAGAGGUACUGAAUUUGAAGGUGCUAUCAUUGCCUUAUUCCAUCUUCUUGCUACUCGUACUGACAAAGUUAGGGCCCUCAGAGAAGCUUUUUACCGACAGAAUCUCCCAAAUCUUAUGAAUUUGCUUGCUACAGUUUUAGUCUUUGCUAUAGUUAUUUACUUCCAAGGUUUCAGAGUAGAUCUCCCAAUUAAGUCCGCACGUUACAGAGGACAAUACAGUUCCUACCCAAUCAAGUUGUUUUACACAUCAAACAUUCCAAUUAUUCUUCAGUCAGCCCUUGUUUCAAAUCUUUACGUCAUAUCUCAGAUGCUUGCUGUUAAGUUUAGUGGAAACUUCCUGGUGAAUUUGCUAGGCGUCUGGGCGGAUGUUGGAGGAGCAGGGCCUGCCAGAGCGUAUCCUAUUGGAGGCUUGUGCUACUAUUUAUCUCCUCCUGAAAACUUGGCACACAUUUUUGAAGAUCCAGUACAUGCAGUUCUCUACAUAGUCUUUAUGUUGGGUUCUUGCGCUUUCUUCUCCAAAACAUGGAUUGAAGUAUCUGGCUCCAGUGCCAAAGAUGUUGCUAAGCAACUUAAAGAACAGCAAAUGGUGAUGAGAGGUCACAGAGAAAAGUCAAUGAUUCAUGAAUUGAAUCGCUACAUUCCAACAGCAGCUGCCUUUGGUGGCCUUUGCAUUGGUGCCCUAUCUGUUCUUGCAGAUUUUCUAGGUGCCAUUGGAAGUGGUACUGGUAUUCUACUUGCUGUCACAAUUAUCUACCAGUACUUUGAAAUCUUCGUCAAGGAGCAAAGUGAAAUGGGAGGAAUGAGCACGUUACUUUUCUAAAUUGAACUUUAUAUUAAAAAAGAUUUUACAUUAUUUCAUUUGAUGUGGUACAUGCUGUAUCUCUCAUCUCACCGAAAAAAUAAAAAAAGAAAAUGUGGAA